GGGACUUAACCCGACAUUGGGCGAAAUCACAAUUGGAGAGGGUUGGAUCUCGUCUCAACCCCGUGCUACAUAUGUCGGCCGACCUGGCAACUUUUGGGAUGUAGACCUUCUAUCAACUACAUCUGCUGUUUGAUAUAAAAAAGCCCCACGCUACGGCGUAGUAGCGUAUCUCCCACCACUCCCAAAUCAAACACCAAAAAACACCCCGCCAUGAAGAUCUCCUACGUCCUCUAUGCUAUCACGGGCUUGACCCUCGUCUUGGCUGCCGACAACUCCUCCACCACCUUGACUGAGUGCCAGACCAACUGUUCCGACACCACCUUGGCGAGCAACAGCACUUGUGGCUCUUCAUUCUCCGAGUGCGCGUGUGACAACAUCUACGCACAGGCCGUUAAAGCCUGUCUUUACGGAGCCGGUUGCAAGACCGACGUAUCCACAUGGUUCGACUCGGCCACUUCAGCCUGUGAGGCAAUUGGUGGGGAUCCCAGCUAUUCUUCCACUUCCAGCUGGUCCGGUUCCUCGUCCAACUCCAGCUGGUCUCAUGGUUCAUCUAGUUCUGCCAGCGCUUCCGAGACCGCUUCCGGGACUGCUUCCUCUACCGACUCUGCCGCUGCUUCCUCUGGAGAUGCUUCCUCCUCGGAAGCCGCUUCCUCCUCUGCUUCUGCCUCUUCUUCCUCUAGCAGUAGUGGUGCCAGCGCUGCUCAGCAGGUCGGAGCGGCUGCCUUGGCUAUGAUGGGCGUUGUCGUUGGUACCACCGUGCUUCUCUAA